GGUGGUCUAAUUGACUGUCCUGUUAUAUGAUUGGCUGUUUGUCAGUUGGGGCGGGACUAUAGAAAUGAUUGACACCCAAUUAUCAAACAAGUGUAGGAGAAUUAGAAAUCUGUCAUAAUACCGUACACAUGUUUGAAAAUAAGAAGUAUCUAAAAAAUUAUUAAAGCGUAAAAACAUACAAAUGAUGGACUUAAGUGUUACAUAUUUUUAUUUAUCAUUUUGUUAAGGAAGUAGAUUUAUAUCAGAAGAAUUGAGUAUUGAGAGUGCAACAGACAGCAGUUAGGACGUGGACAUGACACACAGUAAACAAAGUUGAUUUAUUUUUCGAGAGGAGCUCUUAAAUUUAAAUUUGAAAAAUCUACAAGGCAAAGAUGGAGAAUUCAUUUGGAUAUAUAUUUGUUACAUAUGUGUUUUUUUCAUGUAAUUUACUACAAUAUUCUGAAGCUGUGACAUACACAAUUACUGAAGAAGGUGUGUCAAAUGAAUAUAUUGGUAACAUUGCUGUUGAUUUUAAUUUUACUGUUCAUAUAAAUGAUGGGAAAUUAUUGCGAUUUAGUUUCUUAAAUCAAGAGCAACAUCAUGUUGCGUAUUUCAACAUUUCGGAAAAUACUGGUGAUUUACGGACAGUGGGAGUACUUGAUCGAGAAAACGUGUGUAAUGGUCCUGCGCAGUGUUCAGUCAUUUUAGAAAUCGCAGUUACAGCAACCAAAAGUUCAUUUUUUGACAAAGUAAAACUUAACAUAACUAUUGAGGACAUAAAUGAUCAUGCACCUAAAUUCACAAAACCAUUUGAAACCAUUUCAUUUUCUGAAGACGCUAACAUCGGCGCUUCGUUCACAAUUGACGGAGCUAUUGAUCCAGAUAGCUCAAAGUUUGCAGUGAAAUCUUAUAACAUCACACCGACUGGUUUACCAUUUAUACCAAAAUUAAUAAAAAAUCUCGACGGAACAGCCAGUGUUCAGAUCAUAGUCAAUGAUGAUCUCGACAGAGAAAACACUGACCAUUACAAAAUUCAACUCAUUGCGGAAGAUGGCGCAAUCCCGCCAAGGACCGGAAGUAUUCCCAUUAACAUUACAAUCACAGAUGUUAAUGACAAUUUUCCAGAAUUCACUAACAAAAUGUACAAUGCCUCAGUCGAGGAAGAUAUUUCAAUAAAUUCUACGAUUUUGCAUGUUACUGCAAAUGAUAGGGAUAUCGGAGACAAUGGAAAAAUCAUUUACAGUUUUGCUGCCCAUCAGCCCCAGGACAUUGAGCCAUUGUUCUCAAUUAAUUCUAUUACUGGCGAAAUCAAAACGAUUGGAAAAUUGAUAUACAGUCCUGGACAUCAGUAUCAAAUAAUUGUGGAAGCUAGGGACACUGGUCUGCCGCCAAAAGUAACGCAGGCCUUAGUAUAUAUACAGGUUCAAGAUGUCAACAACAACGCACCAAAGAUAAAGCUGAACUUACUAUCAUCGUCAAACUUUGCAAAAGUUUCAGAGCAUGCUGACAUUGGAGCAGUAGUUGCUUUGAUUGGGGUAACAGACGAUGACGUUGGCUGGAAUGGAAUAACAAACUGUACAAUAGAAAGUGACUCAUUUGCACUGCAGAAGUCAGAUAUUAACGAGUAUACCGUAGUUGUUACAAAGCCACUCGAUCGUGAAACAAGGGCUGUAUACAACAUCAGUGUAUUCUGUGAGGACCUUGGAACUCCGCCUAUAAACUCCACAAGCUCUUUUAAUAUAUCUGUUGUAGAUGAAAAUGACCAUGUUCCUAUCUUUUCAACUCAGAAUUAUAAAGCUAAGAUCAAUGAAAACAACAAUUAUGGGGAUGUUAUUUUAACUGUGUCUGCUUUUGAUGCAGAUGUUGGCAAUAAUGCUAAAAUUCAUUAUGAACUGAGGAGUGACUCUUGGACUGAUUUCAUCAUAGAACCAAGUGAUGGAACAAUUCGUGCAAUGAAACCAUUUGACAGAGAGGAACAAAGUCAGUAUGAAUUUUUCGUACUUGCGAUAGAUGGCGGCGAAGAGCCACAUACCUCGACAGCUACGGUUAUCUUGACAAUCAUUGAUGAAAAUGACAACAGACCAAAUUUUGAGCUGGCACAUUAUGAUUUCAAAGUUCCGGAAAAUCAUCCCGAGGAAAAAGUUGUUGGACAAGUUGUGGCCAAGGACAGAGAUGCUGAAAAUAAUGGAAUUGUGACUUACACUAUUGCUGAAAAUUUCAAUAUGGUUUUGCCAUUUAAACUUGAUCCUAAUGGAUUCUUAAAGACUAAAAAACCACUUGAUCGUGAACAGGUGGAACGUUACGACUUCAGAGUUAUUGCAACUGAUCAAGGGUCACCUAAUAGAUUGAGCUCCUCUGUUAACGUAAGUGUAUUUGUUACUGACACAAAUGAUAACGCACCUUUCUUUAAUUCACCAAAACAAUCCGGACAAGUAAUUUACAUAUCAGUGACAACUCCUGUAAACACGCCACUUUAUCUAAUCAAGGCUGAUGACUUGGAUGAUGGGAGAAAUAAAGAAUUGACAUACACAAUCGAGGACAGAAAUGAUACACAUAUUUUUGAUAUCAACGACAUGGGUCAAGUACUUGUUGCAAGGCCGAUGGAAAAGGGGGAGGUAAAUUUAUACAUGAUUGAGAUAGUAGUGUAUGAUAAUGGAAAUCCUCAAAAUUACGCAAAAACUAGGUUGAUGAUGGCAGUAACGGUGGAUAACAAUACAACCAUGCCUCCGGUUAAAGAAGGUCUACACAGCCAGAACUUGCUGAUUGCCCUAACUGUUGUUAUCGUUACAGUCGUUUUGGCGGCAACAAUCGUUGUCACAAUUUGUGUGAUUCGUAGAAUGGAUAAGAAAAAACGUGAAUUCUUCGGCAACGAUUCUAAUAGUGAUCAUUCAUCAGAAGCAGAAGUUGUUCCUGGCAUGGCAGGCGAUGGACAGAAGGAUUUUUACUCUGGACCAAACACCACUUCAAACUUGGCACCAGUUGUUUCACACAUGUCUUUGGACAGAAAUUCCAUCACCAAAGAUUACAUCUAUAAACCUAGAAUGAAUACACCAACUCCUUCUAUGACGUCUGCUGUUGACCCAACAGACGUUGACAUGCAGAUCCAUGGUAACCCACUGUCACAUGACAACAGUGCACCAACCGUAAACAGGCUAGCAUCGCUACGCUUACAUCAGGCUCUUAUACAGUCACAUGACAAACAAUGGACCAAUCAGAAUAAUACUGAUCAGAACAAUGACAUGUAUUUAUCAAGGCCAGGAGCCGAGGACACUCAUAGUCAACUCUCUGAGGAUGGCGAUAGUGGGAGGGGCGGGUCUGUUAGUGACGGUCACAUGGGAAUCUCGCAAGAUGCAGAUGAUUUAAGAAUUAUGCAGCUACAGAACAUUGUUCGUCAGAGUGGAAGACGAGGCACCCCACCACACUUACAUCGUCAAGAUUAUGACAAUAAUAAAUAUCCGCAGAAACCUUCAAAUCUUACACCAAGAGAAAACCCAUCUAAUCUUACUCCUAGAGACAAUCAUGUGAACCAGUCAGAUUCAAAUAAUCAUUGUGACCAAUCAUUUGAAAAUAGGAAAUUAAAUCCACCUUACUCUAGAUCAAACACAGACCUUUUUUAUUCAGAAAAUGAUAAAAAUACAAACAAUGAAAGAUAUCCUCCUUACCAGGAAAAUAGUGCACCAACAAAAACAGUGACAUUUUGUACAAAUCCACAAAAAGCAAAGUCAGGUGCUGGUAUACAAAUGGGACUAUCAUCGUUUUCCAGUCAGCAUCAUCCACACAGUUCCAGACACAGGCCAAAUCGGCAACAUUCAUUUGAUACUUUUGACAAUUAUCGGCAUUCACCAAAUUUUUCAAAAUCGGACCAUAGUCGUAUGUAUCCACAUAAUAAUAGACAUUUGGAUGAAACGAUGGAAAGUGUUACGACAGCGUAUGAUGACGAUGAUAAUACAACAACAUCGGGAAGUUAUACCAUAGAUAAUAAUGCUAAUGAAGACUUUAUGGAAUUAAAUGUUGCACAGUUAAAAGAUAUUUUUGUGUAAAUAAAAA